CUUGGUUGGAGGAUGACACCUCCGGCCGCUCCGCGCUUUGGUCUGCGCUGUGCGAGGUGGAGACCGGGGCUCAGAGCUGCAGUGGCCGGAACAGGAGCGCAGUGACCGGGGCAGACCCCGCAGUGAACAGAGAGAAGUGCAGGAGCACCGAGAGCCAUGGCGGUGGAGGAGGAAGGGAUCCGUGUGUUUCAGAGCGUCAGGAUCAAGAUCGGUGAAGCCAAAAAUCUUCCUUCGUAUCCCGGGCCAAACAAGAUGCGAGAUUGUUACUGUACUGUGAACCUAGACCAAGAGGAAGUGUUCAGGACCAAGAUAGUGGAAAAGUCUCUAUGCCCUUUUUAUGGAGAAGAUUUUUAUUGUGAGAUUCCCCGAAACUUUCGCCACCUCUCCUUUUACAUAUUCGACAGAGAUGUUUUUCGCAGGGACUCCAUUAUGGGCAAAGUAGCAAUACUAAAGGAAGAUCUGCAAAAAUACAACAACAGAGAAACCUGGUUUCAAGUACAGCAUGUAGAUGCAAAUUCAGAAGUACAGGGGAAGGUUCACUUGGAGCUCAGGCUGAGUGAAGUUAUCACAGACACUGGUGUCAUCUGUCACAAGCUCGCAGUCCGAGUGUUAGAAUGCCGCGGACUACCCAUUGUGAAUGGACAAUGUGAUCCUUAUGCAACUGUAAUUUUACUUGGGCCAACAAGAACUGAGUCAAAGAAAACUAAAGUCAGAAAGAAGACGAACAACCCGCAGUUUGAUGAAGUGUUUUAUUUCGAGGUGACAAAGCCCAGUAGUUACAACAAGAAAUCCCAUUUUGAAAUAGAAGAGGAUGAUGUGGACAAAAUGGAGAUACGGGUUGACCUAUGGAACGCAAGUAAUCUAAAAUUUGGAGACGAGUUUCUUGGAGAACUUAAAAUUCCAGUGAAGGUCCUACGACAAUCCAGCUGCUAUGAUGCAUGGUACUUGCUUCAGCCUAGGGAUAAUGGCAAAUCAGGCAAGCCUGAGGAUCUUGGCUCACUAAGGCUCAAUGUAGUUUACACUGAAGAUCACGUUUUUUCAAGCGAGUACUACAACCCCCUCAGAGACCUCAUAUUAAAAUCUGGAGAUGUUGAGCCUGUUUCAGCAUCUGCUGCACAUGUGUUGGGUGAAGUCUGCCGAGAAAAACAGGAAGCUGCAAUACCUCUAGUCCGUCUUUUUUUACAUUAUGGCAAGAUUGUUCCUUUCAUCAGCGCCAUCGCUAAUGCUGAAGUGAACAGGACACAAGAUCCAAAUACCAUUUUCAGAGGGAAUUCCUUGACCUCCAAAUGCAUUGAUGAGACCAUGAAACUAGCGGGAAUGCAUUACCUUCAAGUUACACUAAAGCCUAUUAUAGAUGAGAUCUGUGAGUUACAUAAACCCUGUGAGAUUGAUCCUGUGAAAUUGAAAGAUGGUGAAAACUUAGAAACCAAUAAGGAAAACUUGAAGAAUUAUGUAGACCAGAUUUUUAACGUCAUCACCAAAUCAGGAGUCAGUUGCCCGACUGUUAUGUGUGACAUUUUCUUCUCUCUGAGAGAGUCUGCAGCCAAGCGUUUCCAAGGCGAUCCUGACGUAAGAUACACUGCUGUGAGCAGCUUCAUUUUCCUGCGGUUCUUUGCACCUGCCAUCCUGUCCCCUAACCUUUUCCAGCUCAGUCCUCACCAUGCAGACCCACAGACAUCUAGAACAUUGACACUCAUUUCCAAGACUAUACAAACGUUGGGCAGCUUAUCGAAGUCAAAAUCUGCAAGUUUCAAAGAGACCUACAUGGCUGCAUUUUAUGAGCACUUUAAUGAACAGAAGUAUGCAGAUGCUGUGAAAAAUUUUCUGGACCUGAUUUCAUCCUCGGGAAGAAGAGAUCACAAAAGCAUAGAGCAACCUAUUCUCCUUAAGGAAGGAUUCAUGAUCAAAAGAGCUCAAGGGAGGAAGCGUUUUGGUAUGAAAAAUUUCAAGAAAAGAUGGUUUCGGCUAACUAACCAUGAGUUUACAUACCAGAAAGGCAAAGCUGAUCACCCACUUUGUAGUAUUCCAAUUGAAAACAUUUUAGCUGUAGAAAGAGUAGAAGAGGAGUCCUUCAAAAUGAAGAAUAUGUUUCAAGUCAUUCAGCCUUCAAGGACCUUAUAUAUUCAAGCAAAUAACUGUGUUGAAGCUAUGGACUGGAUAGACAUCCUUACCAAAGUUAGCCAAUGUAACCAGAAACGCCUCACUGUUUACCAUCCUUCAGCUUACCUAAAUGGGCACUGGCUGUGUUGCAAGGCUACCUCAGAGAAUGCCCCUGGCUGCAGUCCAUGCACUGGGGGUCUGCCAGCAAAUAUCCAACUUGUCAUUGAUGGGGACAGAGAAACGGAAAGGAUUUAUUCCCUCUUCAGCACCUAUAUGUCCAAGCUGGAGAAGAUGCAAGAGGCUUGUGGUAGUAAGUCCGUGUAUGAUGGUCCUGAACAGGAGGAAUACAGUAGCUUUGUUAUCGAUGAUCCUCGUGAAACAUACAAAACACUAUGUAGCAUCAUAGACGCUGUCAAGACAUUAGAAGAAGAGCACGCUCAAUACAAGAGGGAUAAAUUCAAGAAGACAAAAUAUGGAAGCCAAGAACAUCCGAUAGGAGACAAGAGUUUCCAGACCUACAUCAGGCAGCAGUCGGAGGUGUCCACACAUUCCAUUUGACUUGCCAUGGAAUGCACUUCAAAAAGGAAAUAGCCCUCUUUACUCAAGAUGUACAUAGGAAAAAGUCAUCCCGACGAGAUCCAGCAUUGUAACAAAAUAGUUGGAACUGAAAAGACAAGAUGUGCUGAGUUUUCGUGAGUGUUUUGUGGACUGUUACAAGAGCUGUAAUGCACUUUAUUCAUCUGAGAACAGAUGACAGAACUUUUAUUUUUGUUUUAUAACCAUAUGCCAUAACGCCUCCAGGACUGCUUCACAUAUGGCUCCCUUUAUUUGUGUUUCUGAUACUACUUGCAUUCCUUGGACAGCUUCUCGCACUUAAAGGGGUUUCUCAGAAUUAGAAAAACCAAACUGAUUUUUCCAAAAACAGCGCCACUCUUGUCCUCAGGCUGGUGUGUGGUAUUUUAGCUCAGUUCUAUUGAAGUGAAUGGGGUCAAGUUUAAAUAGCAUUCACAACCGGAGGAGAAGUGUGGUCCUGUUUUUAGAAGAAAUUAGCUCUGCUUUUUUUUUAUUCCUGCAUAACCUCUUUAAAAGCAAUCAUUGUAGGUCACGAGGGCUCUGAAUUGCAGUUUUUUUUUUGCUUGCUUCUAACUCAGGUCAGCAUUACUGACACACAUGAUUACUAAGAAUUUGAAGACUUGACUUAGCCAUCAAAUUCAAGUAGGUUUGUUCACAUGAUUAUUAUUUCAUAGAAAUAUUCUUCUAGUAUACAUACAGGUUUUCUUCAGACAGAUGUGCUGUAGUGAUGCUAAUGUGCCAUGACAUCUAUGGUAUAUUCAAUAACUUGUUGUACAUAUUGUAUCCAUGCUAGGCAAUACCUUGCUUCUCUUCCCAUAUAUACUAGGAAAUGAACUAAAGUACCUCCUACCAACUGGACCAAGUUUUUCAUUGUGUAGUUGGAUGUCUGUGGAGGCUAGACUUCCGUCAUGUCUCCUAUGUCCCUAAAGAUGGAAACAGUGAAGCAGUGCUACAUAACUCUGCACUCACCGGAUAGUAAUAAUAAUGGUAUUAAAGGAUAAUAAUAGUAUUAAUGGAUAUUCUUAUCUGGGACCUGCACCUUUAUCAAGAAAAAGGGUUCCCUGGCCCCCUCCAGCCUGGUUAUAGCUACUUGAGGUGAUCAGCAAAAAACAGCAGAGCUGGAAGGUUUAAGCAGCUUUCUUAGCUUCUAUUGACUUUGAGAUUUGCAUAAAGAGCAUAGAGCUGGGUUCAUAUUUCUGUCAAUCCGGCACAGUCCCUUAUGGGAACAGAUGGGAACGCCGGAUGCCACAAAUAAAACUUUUGCAUCAUAGGUCCCAUCCAUUGUCCCUUAGGCUAACAGGGGGUAUGGUGCCAGGCUUUUGGACCAUCUGGCAUAUUUUCUAUCGAAUGUCGAUUUGCUGAUGAAAAAAACAUAAAAACAAUCAUGCAGAAUUUUUUUAUCUGGCGCAUGCUGUCCGGAUGCCAAAUAUAUAUCUCAUCUAUGUGAACAAGGCCUAACAGUAUAAGCUAUGCUGUUUCUGUAAUACCUGUAAUAGACAUCAUAGUUCUUGGUGCUACACUGGUUAUGCAAUAGGUUAAGUAAGAUGUGUAAAAGAGCCAUCUACAUCCAGGCCAAUGGGGGCCAGGAGCCCUCUUCCUAGACACAGAUGUAGGAGCCCGAGGUGGCACUUGCAUCCACCCUUUUAAGCGUGCUGUUUGUUUUUGCCUAUACACAAGCGUAUGGCUGCUGGCUUAUUGUACACAUACUAGGAAAGCGGCUGACAGACGUGAUGCAGGGAUUACCUGGUUUUUAGAAAGUCACUAACAAACUACUAAAAUACAUUUAUUGUUUUUGCUCUUUCUCCAUAGCAAAAGUGAUAAUCCUGAUGUUAACAGCCUUCUUAUCCAUUGGUCAUAGCAGACCUCAACUACUUGCAUAACAUUUGUGACACCCAAAUGUACCAGUGAAAGGUGUUGCAGUUCAACAUCUGUUUAGGUGGAUAAAGUAGUCACAUGUGUAUGGAGGCCACAGAAUAAGUAUCUGGAAAUGGAGUCAUCCCUUUAUUUGGAAAAUGGCAUGAUAAAGAACUGUUCCUCCAUUUUUAUAUGUUCAGAUAUGCUUAUUUUCAUCCUUUGUUCAAAGCGCUUUCCCUCCAGUUUUUGUGGUGUUUGCCAACUCUUUUACUACUUUAAAUCCAAAAUGACUACAAUGCCACUGCCAAGUAAUCUUAAGAAAUCUGCUAGAAUCUUGGAGUGUGAUAGUUUCUGGCUUCACACUAUAACUGAAGUGCCUGGUGCUCUGCUUUGACUUCUCUCAAUACUUCUCUCAUGUAAAUACUGCAAAGCUGGAAACAUACUAACCAGACCUACCUGCACAGAUAAUCAGCUUUCUUGCCAUGGAAUACAAAUUAUUCUUCAUUGAAUCAUUGGACAGAACAUAUGUGCAAUUUCAUGAAAACCACCACUACAAAUUUUGGACCAAAGUCUGUCAUGUAAAAUCAUGAGAAAUGUAGUCCUAAAAAACACCCUGCCAUGUGUCUGAUUGGUGUUUUGCAAACUCGUUGCCAUUGAAAACCUGUUACAGACGCUGCUGCAUUGAAGAUCCUUAAUAAUGGAAUCAUGGAAUGAUCCUUUUAGUGAACCUGUCAGCAUGUAUUAUAUCAUUUGCUUAGUCUUCACCCAUUGUAUUUACUAUGAUGUUUUUAUUCUACACUGUUUUCCAUUGUGGAAAUGUGUUUUCUUCUGGAUAUGUUCUUCAUAUCAAUAUUCUAUUUCAGCUUACUCCUGUGGUGGUAAAGAAGCAGGACUUGAUGUGAUGUUUGGGACAGUAAAUUCUAUAGAACAGUGUGUUUAUAUAUACACACUAGAAGCUUUGGAGACAUUAUAACGUAGGAAAGCAAUUCAUCUGACUCAAAUAACUUGAUGGGAAUACAUUGUAUUAUAGAAGACUUGGAGGCCAUGAAGAAGUCAGAAUGAUUUCCCAUCAGCUAACGUGAUAUAUUUGUGUUCUUUUUUUAUCAGUAUUAAGUCAUGGCUCAGAUAAAUUUUUUUUCAUAUGAAACCUCAUAUUUGUAAAUUAAAAGUUAGAGCAAUAGUGAAAUUUAAUGAAUCCAGAUGUUACUUGCACAUAUCGCUUCUCCCCUUUCUGUUGCAGAAAAUAUUUUAUUAUGAACAAUAUUGUUGUAGCAUUACACAGAUCCCAUAUGAUACCAUAUCCAUGAAAUGAAAUGAUUAAAAAAGUGUCUCCAUAUAUGCAUUCUAGUGCUAUGUGCAUCCCAUGACAUAACUUUCUAUCUCUUCAAUUUAUAACUGGUUGUAGGAUCCAAACAAUACUUGAUAGGUGUCCAUGCUUAUCAGUACUGUUUUGUCUGGAGCUCUGUAGCAAGAUCCCAUUCUAAAACCUGAUUUAUUUAUUUUUUUGCUCCAUUCCCUUUUGCAGUAAAGAAAAUCUGAAAGGUAAUAUAUUCCCUCAUAAAACUAUCAGCAGCUUCAAUAACAUGCACUCUAGCUUUAUUUUCUCUUAUAACAUAGCUGUACAUCCAUACAUUCUAGUUUAAUAUUUUUUGUUUUAACUCAAUGCCUGUUAUGGAAGAUGUUUAGCAUUUUAGUUAUUAAAGAGCUGGACGGUGACACAUGCCAGCCGUGUUGUAUGGAAGAAUAGCUUCCAUAGUGUUGUAUGGAAGAAUCGGUGCACUGGUUUAGUGUUUCACAUUGUUUGGUACUAUCACAUGACAUAGCACGCAAGGUAUACAUGUAACAUUUUGACAUGUUGUAUAGUUGUCACUCUGUAUUUUAGGGCCAUACAUGGAUGAGUCAGUUCCAUAAUUUCCAAUUUUUCCCUUGUUUGGUAAAUUUGUUUAAAGAGGAAAAAAGGGGAGUGAAUAAAACUAAGCUUUUAAUUA